AUGAGCACCACGCAAGCCACGACGGAGCCGGACAAGGAUGGCCAGACCGCGCAUCAUGAGGACACAGUGGACGAUGAAAAGUCGCAACCCGCCAGCGAGUCGAACCUCGUCUACUCAAACGCUGAAGAGGAGCCCGAGAUUCACCUGCGCACUUAUAUCGCCCUGGCAGCCAUGUUGAUGCUCAAUUAUGUUCAAAUCAUCGCCCUACAAGGGCCCCCCGUCGUCUUGGAAAAUAUCGGCGAAAGUCUUCAUAAUACUGCCGCGCAGACUUGGGUGCCCAACGCGCUGGCCCUUGUUCAGGCCGUCUUGGCACCCAUCAUUUCGUCGGCUUCCGAUACUUUCCAAGCAAGGAAGCUUAUCAUGGUUGUCUGCUGCGUGAUUUCGUUCAUCGGUUCAGCAAUUGCGCCCGGAUCUCAAAGCAUCUACCGACUAAUCGUGGCCCAAAUCCUCAUUGGAUUUGGCUUCUCCUCCACCGCUCUGGCCUACUGUGUUCCGAGCGAGAUCCUACCGAAGAAAUGGCGGCCGAUGGUUCAAUCCAUCAUCAAUAUUGCCGCGGCUCUUGGCGCCUGUUCAGGCCCGCUCAUCAUCGGCGCUCUUAGCCGCUACGACCCAGAAAAUGGUUGGCGCAAGUAUUUUUGGAUCCAAAUGGCACUCUGGGGAGCCACUGCAAUCUGCAUCUUCGUUGGUUAUAGGCCGCUAAAAAGGCAUACCGUCUACGACAACUUCACGCUUAGCCAGAAGCUCAUGGCUCUCGAUAUCAUCGGAGUUGGACUGUUCACUGCAGGACUUACACUUUUCUUGGUCGGUCUCAAUCUGGGCGGUGGGUUAUAUCUUUGGACCAACGCCAAGGUGUUGGUCACUCUGGUGGUCGGACUCGUCACGUUGCUUGCCUUCAUCGGAUACGAGUGGAAAGGCACUAAAACCGGCAUGGCGCAUCACGACCUGUUCCGGGCAGGGCCUAACGCCGGCCGUGUCUUUGGGAUAUUCCUUGGUCUCAUUUUUGUCGAAGGGAUUAUGCUCUUUGCCUUUGUCAUCUUUUAUCCGGUGCUCACGACGGCUCUUUUUGAGCAAGACUCCCUUCUGCUUGCCGCUCGCGCUCAGCCCUUUUGGUUGGCUGGCGGGGCGUCAACAGUGGUAUGGGGCUACUGGAGCGUCAAGGCCAAGUCCAUCCGCGUGCCAUUGUGUGCCGGAUUCGUCAUUUUUACGGGCGGCAUCAUUGGAUUCACAACUAUUCAACCGGGUGAUUCCACACGGGCCUGUAUUUUUGCUGGGUUAGCCGGCAUCGGUUUCGGUGCGCCGCUUAUCCUUAUCAUUGCCGGCAUUCAGCUUGCCACCCCCCACUCUCUGAUCGCUACAGGGACUGCGUUGGCCAUUACUAGCCGCGCGGUUUCGACCGCUAUUUUUACCGCCAUAUUCAGUGCCGCAUUGACCGAUCGCCUGGAGCCCAACAUCAUCAGCUACGUGUCAAGGGCCGCAAUCUCUGCAGGGCUUCCGGCGAGCUCGGUGCAGGCUUUUGUGAUGGCUCUUUCCGGAAAAGACGAGGCUGCGCUAAUGAAGGUUCCUGGAGUCACUCCGCCCAUGAUUGAAGCGGGCAUCACGGCUCUGAAGCAAGCUUUCGCUGACAGCAUCAGAGUCAUAUUCAUUAUUGCAGCUCCAUUUGGGACUGUAGCUUGCCUGCUCUGUUUCUUCCUUGACGACCAAAGCAAGGAGAUGAACUACCGGGUAGACGCACCGGUUGAGGAUCUUCACGUUCGAUCGCAUCGACAUCACGCCGCCUCGGAAGCAUGA